GACAAAAUUAUUUAGCACUGACCAGCUGUGGAAGAAGAUUCCACACAAACCCACCUCUCCCUCUCCCCUUCCCUCCUCCUUCCUACCCCGCCGCCGGUGCUUGUCGCCGCCGCCGCCGUCAGAGAGGGCGAGGAGGGCGGCUCGAGGAGGAGCAGCAGCAGCAGCAGCAGGAGGAGGAUGGGGUUCAUCUCGUUCGUCGGGAGGGUGCUCUUCGCCUCCAUCUUCCUCCUCUCCGCCUACCAAGAGGUAUAAAUAUGGUUCACCGGAGAAGCAGCGAUUUGGAGAUCACUUAGUGUAACUGAUUUUCGCGUUAGCUUAUGAGUUACAUUGGUCAGGGUUCUGUAAACUGUCUACUGGUACAAUGCCAUAUGUUUAGUGAAUUUGGGACUGAUGGUGGACCAGCAGCAAAGGCCUUGAAGCCAAAAUUCAAUCUAUUUACGCAGCAAGUGUCCAAGAGCUUAGGAAUGGCAGUGCCACAUAUUGAUAUAAAGACUGUCAUUGCUGCUACCAUGUUUCUUAAAGGCUUUGGUGGUCUUCUGUUCAUCAUCAGCAGCUCAUUUGGAGCAUUCCUACUGCUCCUGUACUUAGCAGUUAUAACACCUGUUGUGUACGACUUCUACAACUAUGAAAUGGAGUCUUCACAAUUUGUUCAGCUUUUCGUCAAGUUCUCACAGAAUUUGGCACUUUUUGGUGCCCUGCUUUUCUUCUUGGGAAUGAAGAACUCUAUUCCUAGAAGACAUUCCAAGAGGAGGGCCGGGAAGACCAAGACAAACUGAAACCAGCCACUGUAGUAGGGGAAGCUAUUUGUGCUCCUUAUGUUUGCAUACUUUACAAAGUACAUGUCUCAAUUUUCCUCUUGAUACUCCAUAGAAAUUGUGAAUUGGGGACUUAACAGAACCUAGUAUGUAGGAUACCUAAGUAUGUCUUUAUCAGUUCUGUUAUCGGUAUAUCCCGUUGUGUUUCUUCUGUCAUGAAAGUACCAUUUUGCUACCGAAAUUGUUUGUCUAUGGAAGAUCAAAUAGAUUCAUACAAUUGUUUCCAUCUC